AUGGCGAACCUUGAACUGAAGGAUCCGAUACUGGACGAGUGUAGUGAAAAGCAGAAAGAAGCCAAUGCAGUUGAACUUACAGAAGCUUAUGAGACGGAAGAUGGGCCUUACGCUGCAGACGAGUUUUUGGAUCCUCCGCCAGACGGUGGUUAUGGAUGGGUUUGCUGUGCAUGUGUUGCAACAAUGAACUUCUCAACCUGGGGACCCAAUACCUGUUUCGGCAUCUUUUUGUCGUACUUUUUGUCGUCGGACUAAUUCCCAAAUUCCACCCCGACCGAUUUUGCAAUCAUUGGCGGUAUCGUGAUAGGACUCACUUUGCUUCUACUGCCGUGUGUGGCAGCGUGCAUGAAAAUAUUCGGGUACAAACCGACACUAGCGUUCGCAAUUGUGGUAGAGGCGGUUGCGUUCAUUUCCAGCUCGUUUGCCAAAUCUGUGGGCGUUUUGUAUGUCACUACGGGGUUCUUCUAGGCAUUUCGUUUGGCAUCAUUUUCGGGUCCAAUACCAUCGUCAUUCCCAGCUGGUUUUUGAAGAAAAGAGCUUUGGCCAACGGAAUUGGUCACAUAGGGGUUGACUGGGCGGCUCGUUUUUCCUCGCCAUACACGCCAUGAUCAACCGUACUGGUGACCACAAGUGGGCCAUGCGCAUGUUGGCUGUGGUCACUUUCGUUCUCAACUCUAUAUCACUCUGUUUUGUUCAAGUGCGCACGCCGUCUAGUACCGACACGGAGGAGGAAAGCGCCAUAGAAGUGCUGAAGAAGUCGUUCGACAAAUCCGUUCUCAAGAUCGUGCCUCUCCACUACUGUGCCAUAUGGUCGUCGCUCACCACCAUAGGAUACGUAAUUCUCAUGUUUUCCAUGGCGAACUACGCCUCAUCGAUCGGACUGAGCACCCAGCAGGCAACGAUAGCGCUGGCUAUUUUCAACGGAUCGCAAGCCAUUGGAAGACCUUUCAUGGGGUGGUUUUCGGAGUAUGGCGGGAGAUGUAACGCAACAAUCGUGUUGAUGGUCUACAACCUUGUGUUACUGCUGCCCUUUUGGUUCAAUAUCACCAGAUUCAGCGAGAUUGUGCCAUUCUGCAUCUUGCUCGGCUUUGGCGCGGGAGUCGGAUCCGUCAAUGUUGUCCCGCUUGUUUCAGACGUAGUCGGCAUACAGAAGUUUGCUGCCGGUAUGGGCUAUGCAUUUUUUGGGAAUGGUUCGGUGUCAAUUGUUGCUGAGAUUAUUGGGCUGCGAUUGAGAGAUCUCUCAUCUAGCAGACCGUACUUGCGGUGUCAAGUGUUUGUGGUGUGCAUGUAUUUUGGAGGUCUCAUUUCCCUGUUGCCUUAUCGCGGGUGGAAAAUGAGACGAGUUCUUUUAGCGCGCAAUGAUAAUGCGAAUGUCGAUGAUGAUGCAAAAGCACAAUACCGGAGUCUGAUGCGUCCGACGUGGUACAACUACCUGAAGCGGAUGUUCUACAGUUCCAAGAUAUAA